CGUCCGUCAAAUGCUAUAUCUCGGGACAGACGUAUCAACUCUCCUGAAUCGAUGUUCAAGCAGUCGUUUGACCAGAGCUACACCAGCAUUCUGUUACGAUCAUCAUGCCUAUGAUCCAGCAGCCCGCAAACCAAAUCAAACUGACCAACGUUUCUCUCGUGCGGUACAAGAAGGGCAAGAAACGAUUUGAACUUGCAUGCUACAAGAACAAACUACUAGAGUACCGGUCAGGAACGGAAACCGACCUCGACAAUGUCCUGCAAAUCCCUACCAUUUUUCUCAACGCCACGAAAGGCGAGACCGCACCCAAUUCCGAGCUGGUAAAAGCCUGGCCGCCUACUUCGCAGACCUCGGAGCCGUCGCACGGGGGGAAGUCAGGCGGCAAAGGCGGCAAGAAGGGAAAGGGCAAGUCGGCAGAUGAAGGGGACCCCGAAAAGUCAUGGAAGGACGCAAUCAUUGAAGAGAUCUUGAAGAAGGGAGAGAUCCAAGUCAACGCCAACGAACGGAAGGAACUUCUGGACAGAAUGGAAAAAGAGAUUGUGGAAGAAGUCGCUCAGAGACUCGUUGACCCUCAGACGAAAAGAGUAUACACAACAGGCAUGAUCAAGAAAGGUCUGGACGUCCUGACCAAACAAGGCGGUCAUGCGCCACCACAAGACUCGCUCGGGCACAAAUUAGGCAAAUUGAAUUUGGGCGAAGGAGUUAGGAAAGGUGCCGCAGCGCCCAAAGGAUCCAGCGAGACGAGCGGCCAAGCAACACCGAUGACCGACGACGACAACGACUCCUCAGGGACCACGAAAGCAAAGAAGAGUGACAUGCCAAUGUGGACGGGAGUGGUGACGACCAAGUCAGUCAAGCAGCAAGCACUGGAGGCCAUUCGGGCUCUCAUCGCCUGGCAACCCAUUCCUGUCAUGCGAGCCAGGAUGAGGCUACGAAUCACGUGCCCGACAAGUAUCGCAAAACAGGCUACCAAGUCGAAAGCUGCCAGCACAGAAGACGGUACUGAAGGCGACCAGAGCAAGAGCACAGGCACUAUCAAAGACAGGAUAUUGUCGUACGUUGAGCAGAUCGAGAGCCAGGAGGUUCUCGGUGACGACUGGGAAGUAAUCGGAUUCGUCGAACCAGGUGCCUUCAAGGCACUGGGAGAAUUAUGUUCCGCCGAAACCAAAGGCAAAGGAAGACUGGAGGUUCUGGAUAUGGCAGUUACGCAUACCGACGAUUGAGCUUGUUGGCUUUGCGUCCAGCCGUCUGCCGGUGGCGCCGGUGAUCAGUCCGCGGAAUCGCACUUGUGAAUUCCCAGAAAAAGGACCUACCGCAAAGCGUCGAAAGUGGCCGAGUUACUUUCUACCAUGGAAGAGGGAAUCCGGCUCGAAGCAAGAGAGAGUGCAACCCGUGCCCAUCAUUGCGGUGGUGCAUGCUGGACAUGC